AAAAGACUGAGACUCUCUCACUGUCUGUCGCUGCCUUCAUUGACGACGUAGAGCUCUUCUUUGGGUUUUAUUUGUUGAAGCUCACUGAAUUUUCAGUUAUUUGAAGGUGUUUUUGAUUAAGAUUUUUAAUUUUGUUUAUAGUUAAAGAAAAGUACAUGUGUUUUGAAUUGGAUUCGGUGAUCUGAUCUCCGUACGCCUCUCUCCCAUUCUCUCUAAAUUUGUUUUCAUGUUGACAAAUAGUCACAUUUUCAUUAUUAUUUAAAUUGAUAGUGCAAUUCAAUUCUACACUGUUAUUAUUUUUAUUGUUAUUUUAAUCAUGAUAUAAGUGUAUGAAGAUCUAAUCGUUCCGGGACAAGUUCGGUUUUUGAUCUUUAUUCGAUUAGUUGAUGGUGUUGUAAUUACAGAGACGGAGUUGGAUUUGUUUGAUUGAGGGUUGAAAGUGAAGCGUAGAUUGAGUGAGCUGGCAGUGGUGAGUGCAAUUGCUUGGGAUUGGCAUGGUGGACGAUGAUUGGACGGUGAUGUUUUUCGGGCCGAGAAACCGGGUUUCGGGAUAGCCGGAAGGGGGGAGUUCUUGGCAUUUGCAUUGUCGGCAGCCAAGGAGACGGUGAAGUUGUGUAUUGGUGCAAAUGUCAAAGUCUCCCUCCCCUGAACCACGAGAGCAUAGAUUUCCAUUUGCUUCUCAGCCUAGGGCGUCAAAUGGAACAGAAGGAAUGGAUGAUCCAGACAGUACGAUGUCUAUGGUUGCUCAAUUUAUUGAGCAACUACAUGCCAACAUGUCUUCACCGCAAGAGAAAGAACUUAUUACAGCACGUGUACUUGGUAUUGCAAGAUCAAGGAAGGAGGCCAGAACGCUCAUUGGAUCUCAUGCCCAAGCAAUGCCAUUGUUCAUAUCCAUUCUCAGGAGUGGCACCCCUGUGGCAAAAGUGAAUGUUGCUGCAACUCUUAGUGUUCUAUGCAAAGAUGAAGAGUUACGAUUAAAGGUGCUUCUUGGUGGGUGCAUUCCACCAUUGCUCUCCCUUUUGAAGUCAGAAUCAACUGAAGCAAGGAAGGCAGCAGCAGAGGCAAUAUAUGAGGUCUCCUCUGGUGGACUUUCAGAUGAUCAUAUUGGUAUGAAAAUAUUUAUUACAGAGGAUGUGGUUCCCUCCUUAUGGGAUCAGCUUGAUCCAAAGAACCAGCAGGAUAAAGUGGUACAGGGGUUUGUUACUGGGGCCUUGAGGAAUCUUUGUGGUGACAUGAAUGGGUAUUGGAGGGCCACACUUGAGGCUGGAGGAGUAGAUAUUAUAGUGGGUCUUCUAUCUUCUGAUAGUGCUGCUGCUCAGUCCAAUGCAGCUUCUCUAUUGGCCCGUCUGAUGUUGGCUUUCAGUGAUAGUACCCCCAAAGUAAUAGACUCUGGAGCUGUCAAAGCUUUGCUACGGCUUGUGGGUCAGAAUAAUGAUACUUCUGUUCGCGCUAGUGCUGCUGAUGCUUUGGAGGCACUUUCGUCAAAGUCAACCAAAGCUAAGAAAGCUGUUGUGGAUGCUGCAGGUGUUCCCGUUUUGAUUGGGGCUAUUGUUGCUCCUUCUAAAGAGUGUAUGCAAGGGGAGUGUGGCCAGGCGCUGCAGGGACAUGCAACACGAGCUUUAGCUAAUAUCUGUGGAGGGAUGUCUGCUUUUAUAAUGUAUCUUGGAGAACUAUCUCAAUCUCCUCGCCUAGCUGCUCCAGUUGCUGAUAUAAUAGGAGCACUUGCCUAUGCUCUGAUGGUCUUCUGUCAAAGUUCUACAGUUGAUGAGGAACCUUUUGAUGCAACACUGAUAGAAAAUAUAUUAGUGAUGCUACUGAAGCCUCGUGAUAAUAAACUAGUUCAAGAGCGUGUUCUUGAGGCUAUGGCCAGCUUAUAUGGCAACAUCUACCUCUCAAGAUGCCUCAGUCAUGCAGAAGCGAAGAAGGUGCUUGUAGGACUCAUAACAAUGGCUGCGGCUGAUGUGCAGGAAUAUCUGGUAGUUUCUUUAACCAGGUUAUGCCGUGAUGGAAUUGGCAUCUGGGAGGCUGUUGGCAAGAGAGAAGGAGUUCAGUUGCUGAUGUCAUUGCUGGGCUUAUCAAGUGAGCAGCAUCAAGAGUAUGCUGUUCAGUUGUUAGCAAUCUUGACUGAUCAGGUUGAUGACAGCAAGUGGGCUAUCACUGCUGCUGGUGGGAUUCCUCCACUGGUGCAGUUAUUAGAGACUGGAUCUCAGAAGGCGAGGGAGGUUGCGGCUUAUGUUCUAUGGAAUUUGUGCUGUCACAGUGAAGAUAUCCGUGCCUGUGUUGAAAGUGCUGGAGCUGUUCCAGCAUUCUUAUGGCUCCUAAGAAGUGGUGGAAUGAAAGGGCAAGCAGCCUCAGCUAUGGCACUUACAAAGCUUGUCCGGACAGCUGAUUCUGCCACCAUUAAUCAGUUGCUAGCUUUGCUCCUAGGAGACUCACCAAAUUCGAAGGCCCAUAUUAUUGAAGUUUUGGGUCAUGUACUUACAGUGGCAUCACAAAAGGAUCUUUUGCAGAAGGGAUCUGCAGCUAAUAGAGGGCUGAGAUCUCUUGUCCAGGUGCUCAAUUCCUCCAAUGAAGAAACCCAAGAAAAUGCUGCUUCUGUACUAGCUGAUUUAUUCAGCACGAGACAAGAUAUCUGUGAUAGUCUUGCAAUUGAUGAGAUUGUGAAGCCAUGUAUGAAGCUUUUAACCAGCAAUAGUCAAGUCAUUGCCACACAGUCAGCUCGAGCAUUGGCUGCUCUUUCCCGUCCAACCAAAACUAAAACGACAAACAAGAUGUCUUACAUUACAGAAGGGGAUGUCAAUCCUCUGAUUAAGUUGGCUAAAACUUCUUCUAUAGAUGCUGCUGAAACUGCUGUUGCUGCUUUGGCCAAUCUUCUCUCUGAUCCCCAGGUUGCUGCAGAAGCCCUGGUCGAAGAUGUUGUUUCUGCUUUGACAAGAGUACUGGCAGAAGGAACUUCAGAAGGUAAGAAGAACGCAUCACGGGCUUUACAUCAGUUACUCAAGCAUUUUCCAGUUGGUGAUGUGCUCAAAGGAAAUGCACAGUGUCGUUUUGCUGUUAACACAGUUGUUGAUUCUGUGAAUGCAAUGAAUAUGGAUGGCACUGAUGCUGCAGAUGCUUUAGAAGUAAUUUCACUUUUGGCCAGGACAAAGCAGGAUUCAAACCUCUCAUACCCGCCAUGGGCUGCCCUUGUCGAAGUUCCUUCAAGCUUAGAACCUCUUGUGCGCUGUCUGGCAGAGGGGCCACCUUCAUUGCAAGAUAAGGCUAUAGAAAUUCUGUCUAGGUUUUGCGGCGAUCAACCAUUUGUACUAAGUGAUCUGUUGGUUGCAAGAUCAACAUCCACUGUUGCUUUAGCUAAUAGAAUAAUGCACUCAUCCAGCCUAGAAGUUAGAGUUGGGGGGACAGCAUUACUCAUUUGUGCUGCAAAGGAGCACAAAGAACAGUCAAUGGAUGCAAUUGAUCUGUCAGGAUAUUUGAAAUCCCUUAUAUAUACUUUAGUGGAUAUGAUGAAGCAGAAUUCUAGCUGUUCCUCUUUAGAAAUUGAAUUCAUUACUCCAAGACGUUACGUGGAAAGAGCUCCAUUUCAGAAAGGUGAUUAUUUUGAUAUUCCUGAUCCAGCCAUUGUCUUGGGGGCUACUGUUGCCUUAUGGUUGCUAUCAAUAAUUUCUUCCUAUCAUACAAAAAAUAAACUCACUGUAGUGGAAGCUGGUGGACUUGAGGUUCUAUCUGACAAACUUGCAACUUGUGCUUCCAAUCCACAGGCUGAAUUUGAAGAUACAGACGGUGUAUGGAUAAGUGCCAUGCUCCUGGCCAUUUUGUUUCAAGAUGCUAAUGUUGCUCUAUCUCCUGCAACAAUGAGCAUCAUACCCUCACUUGCUCUUCUGCUGAGAUCUGAUCAAGUGAUUGAUAGAUACUUUGCUGCCCAGGCAAUGGCUAGUCUUAUUUCUAGUGGAAGCAAGGGCAUAAAUCUUGCUAUUGCAAAUUCAGGUGCUGUUGCUGGCUUGAUAGCUCUAAUUGGCUACAUAGAAUCAGAUAUGCCAAACCUUGUAGCAUUAUCCGAAGAAUUUUUAUUGGUAAGAACUCCUGAUCAAGUUGUUUUGGAACAACUUUUUGAAAUUGAGGAUGUAAGAGUUGGCUCUAUUGCACGGAAAUCGAUUCCUCUGUUAGUGGAUCUCUUGAGACCCAUUCCCGAUAGGCCAGGUGCCCCUCCAAUUGCUGUUCAACUCUUGACUCGCAUUGCAGAUGGAAGUAAUACAAAUAAAUUAAUCAUGGCUGAAGCUGGAGCUCUUGAUGCUCUAACAAAAUACCUAUCAUUGAGCCCUCAAGACUCAACAGAGGCUGCCAUAUGUGAAUUAUUGAGAAUAUUGUAUAGCAAUCCUGAUCUUAUCCGAUAUGAAGCAUCCCUUAGUUCCCUGAAUCAACUCAUUGCCGUUCUGCGUUUGGGCUCAAGAGGUGCUAGACUUAGUGCUGCAAGGGCCCUCUGUGAACUUUUUGAUGCAGAGAAUGUUAGAGACUCUGAAUUGGCUUGGCAGGCUGUUCAGCCAUUGGUUGACAUGCUUAAUGCUGCAUCAGAGUGUGAGCAAGAGGUUGCUCUUGUUUCUUUGAUCAAGUUGACAUCGGGAAAUCCCUCAAAAGCAGGUUUAUUGACUGAUGUAGAAGGAAACCCACUUGAGAGUCUAUACAAAAUAUUAUCAACUGCUUCAUCCUUGGAAUUGAAGAGAAAUUCUGCCGAACUUUGUUUCAUUAUGUUUGGUAAUACAAAAAUGAGAACAUCUCCAAUUGCUUCUGAAUGCAUACAGUGCCUUGUAUCACUUAUGCAGUCUGACACAAGUACAGCCGUGGAAUCUGCUGUUUGUGCUUUUGAGAGAUUAUUGGACGAUGAGCAACAAGUCGAGUUUGCAGCAGUUUAUGAUGUUGUGGAUCUACUUGUUAGCUUGGUUUCUGGGGAAAACCAUCGACUCAUUGAGGCUAGCAUAUGUGCCCUCAUAAAAUUAGGGAAAGACCGGACUCCAUGCAAAUUGGAAAUGGUAAAAGCUGGCGUUAUUGAUAACUGUCUUGAGCUACUCCCAGUUGCACGUAGUUCUUUGUGCUCCUCCAUUGCGCAACUGUUCCGCAUUUUAACAAAUAGCAGUGCAAUUGCUAGGAGUUCUGAUGCUGCAAAAAUAGUAGAACCCCUUUUCAUGGUCUUGCUUCGUCCAGAUUUCAAUCUGUGGGGACAGCAUAGUGCCUUGCAGGCACUUGUGAACAUUUUGGAAAAACCACAAAGCCUCGCAACUUUGAAGCUGACUCCAAGCCAAGUCAUUGAGCCUUUGAUUUCAUUUUUGGAGUCUCCUUCUCAAGCCAUCCAGCAGCUCGGCACAGAACUGUUAAGUCAUCUACUUGCGCAGGAACAUUUCCAGCAGGACAUCACCACAAAAAAUGCUGUUGUUCCACUUGUGCAGCUUGCUGGAAUUGGAAUACUGAACCUGCAGCAAACAGCAGUAAAAGCAUUAGAAAAAAUCUCCACAAGCUGGCCAAAAGCAGUUGCUGAUGCUGGAGGUAUUUUUGAGCUUGCAAAGGUUAUUAUCCAAGAUGAUCCUCAACCUCCUCAUUCAUUGUGGGAAUCAGCUGCUUUGGUACUCUCAAAUGUUUUGCAUUGCAAUGCAAAGUACUAUUUUAAAGUUCCGGUGGUAGUUCUGGUCAGAAUGUUGCACUCAACACUGGAGAGCACCAUCACUGUGGCUCUUAAUGCCUUGCUUGUCCAUGAAAAGACUGAUGCUUCAAGCGCUGAACAGAUGGCUCAAGCUGGUGCCAUAUAUGCUUUGGUGGAUUUACUUAGAUCUCAUCAGUGUGAAGAAGAAUCAGGAAGGUUACUAGAAGCCUUGUUUAACAAUGUGAGGAUACGAGAGAUGAAGGUUUCCAAGUAUGCAAUUGCACCAUUAUCACAGUAUUUGUUAGACCCCCAAACCAGAUCAGAGUCAGGCAGGCUUCUUGCAGCUUUAGCCCUUGGAGACCUCUCUCAGCAUGAAGGGCUUGCUAGAGCCAGUGAUUCUGUGUCUGCAUGUCGUGCACUGAUAAGCUUGCUUGAGGAUCAAACAACAGAAGAAAUGAAAAUGGUGGCAAUUUGUGCAUUGCAGAACUUUGUAAUGAACAGUAGAACUAAUAGGAGAGCUGUUGCAGAAGCAGGUGGGAUAUUAGUUGUUCAAGAGCUACUAUUGUCUCCAAAUGCAGAAGUUGCUGGGCAGGCAGCAUUGCUAAUCAAAUUUUUAUUUUCCAAUCACACACUCCAAGAAUAUGUAUCGAAUGAGCUUAUCAGAUCUUUGACAGCUGCACUGGAGAGAGAGUUGUGGUCUACAGCAACUAUUAAUGAAGAGGUGUUAAGGACAUUACAUGUGAUAUUUAUGAACUUCCCUAAGCUUCAUAUUUCUGAAGCAGCCACCCUGUGCAUCCCUCAUUUGGUUGGAGCACUUAAGUCUGGAAGUGAGGCCGCUCAGGAGUCUGUAUUGGACACCCUAUGCUUGUUAAAACAUUCUUGGUCAACCAUGCCGAUAGAUAUUGCAAAGUCUCAAGCCAUGAUUGCUGCUGAAGCCAUUCCUAUUCUGCAAAUGCUGAUGAAAACCUGCCCACCAAGUUUCCAUGAUAGAGCAGACAGCCUCCUACACUGCUUACCAGGGUGUUUGACUGUUACAAUUAAGCGUGGUAACAAUCUAAAGCAGACCAUGGGAACCACUAAUGCUUUUUGUCGAUUGACAAUAGGCAAUGGUCCUCCACGGCAAACCAAGGUGGUCAACCACAGUAUUUCUCCUGAAUGGAAAGAAGGGUUCACAUGGGCCUUUGAUGUACCUCCGAAGGGACAAAAACUCCACAUCUUAUGCAAAAGCAAAAAUACUUUUGGGAAGACAACUCUUGGAAAAGUGACUAUCCAAAUUGACAAAGUUGUGACGGAAGGAGUUUACAGCGGUUUGUUCAGUCUAAAUCAUGACAGCAACAAAGAUGGCUCUUCCAGAACGCUUGAAAUUGAGAUAAUCUGGUCCAACAGGUUGUCAAAUGAUGACAUAUAAGAGGGUUACUUCUGUCCAUGCACAGACAGUAAAAUCAAACAGGUGCAGCAAGUUACUGAUGAAGCUGAACAGAGAAGAGUUGACAGUCGUUUGACUCAGAUGGGUGCCCGUGAUUGGUUUGCUUGUAAGUAUUUAUAUCUUGCAGAGGUUCAGUUUUGUAGUAAGCAGGAUUAAGCUGCUUAACAUGUAAAGUAUAAAAUGUUCAUUGAUUUAUGGAGACAAAAGGAGUCGAAAGCGUUUCCCACGUUAGUGAUUAUAAAAAAAAGAAUGUUUAGUAGUUUGUUGUACAGAUGAGUCUUUAGGAGCUAGCAACUUAAAAAAGUUACUAGAAAAAAUAUCGCAUUAAGUUUAAGAAUGAUCAAAUGGGCUUUUGGCACAAAGUGCUGCCUCUUUAGUGAUGGAAAUAGGAUGUAUGUGUGCUUUUAUUCUGCUACCCUGACAAGGUAUUUAUGCAAAGAAGUUGCAUAUAAUCAAAGAUGCCGUUUGCAGAUUUUGUUGCCUUAAUUUGUUUUAU